GAGGCCCGACAGGCGCGCGAGGCUGCCACUGCGGCUCGACCACGCCGGGCAAGCAGCCGCCGACCCGCUACGGCAUUUCGCGCGCCAUUGACCAGGCCAAUGUGGAGAUCGCCAUUCGCAAGGACGGCCUGAUCCGGCCCAAUAUGGCUGUCGACGAGAGGAGGGCAGAGGCGAUGGGGACGAGCCAGGCGACGACAUGCUGCCGGCCCAGCUGCAACUUCACGGCAUCCUUUCAGUCCACCGACCCCCCCAGCCCAUCGCACACUGCACCGCCCGUCCGCGGUAGCACCAUGCACACCAGCACCCAGCAGUCCACUAAGACGACAGGCCGCAUCGGCAGCGGCAUGACCAUCAUGGAAGGCACGCUGGUCGGCGUGCGCUCGAGCAAGGGCGGCGUGGACGACGCCUUCAGUCACGUGUCCAACAGCAUCAUGGCCUCAGCAGAGGAGCACAGCCCUCCCCGAAGGCAGCAGCACAAGCCCACAGCCACCUGCUACACCAUCGGACCCCAGAUGGCCGGCUGCCACGGUCUGCUGCCCACUCGUAUUCGCCACCCGUUUCCCCAGCAGCAGGUCCACCUGCCCUAUGUGCCCGGGCAGCAGCAGAUGCAGGAGGGCUAUGGGAUGCAGGAGGGGUAUCACGUCGGGGCUGCUGAUGCUGCAGCGGUCCGAUGACGCCAAGAGGGAGCUUGAAGGCACGGUGCUAUCCCCAGCCAGCCAGCGGCAUCCCCCCUCCACCGAGGGCUGAUGUCGCCAGGCCCCAGUUCACCCUCAGCCGCCUCGGUCGCAUCCAUGGGGUCUGGCAGCGUGUCAGGGCGUCUUGGGCGGAAGGGAGGGCCUUCAGAGUGUGUGCUGACGUGUCUCGAGUGGGCCAUCCGGCACCCGCCGAUCUACGACCUCACGUCGCUGCGGCAGCUGCACCGCCUACUCACCUUCAACACCCUCCACCGCAAGCUCUAUGGCCGCACCUCACUCUGGCCCCACUGCCCCUGCAGCUGUACCCCAGGCGCCCGGGUUACCCAUCCUUCCCACACCCAUUCGCUCGCCGGCCACCAGAGGAGGGGGAGGAGGAAGGCGACGUCGACGUCGACACACUGGACCGAGUCGACGUGAGGCGUGAUCUGGGGGACAGGGCUUUGCCCAUCGCGGCUUCACGGUCGCUGCCGCGGACGAUCAUCUACCUGUAUCCGUCAGUGCACCCGAGCAAGCUGCCCAGAUUCCCGCCCCGACUCCGGUCGCUGCUAAGCCGGGAGAUGGUUGAGCAGGUGGAGGGUGAGGGCGAGGAGAUGGCGCCGUCACAGGCUGGCGAGGAGGAAACCAAGACACCAUCAGCGGCGGAAUCGACACAAGGUGCGGCUGGACACACCACUAAUGCGAUCAAUCAACAUGUGACACGUGGUUCUGUUUUGUUCAUUCAGCUGCUGUUGCGGAUUCGUCAUCACAGCCGUCUGAGGCACUCGCCAAGACACCAAUCGGCGCCCGGACGCCCAUCCUCGAGAAGAGCCUCACCCCAUCAGCAUCCUCAGACAACCUCACCAUCCAGGCGACGACAGCCACGUCAGGCUCGCCCACCAGACGGACAAGACCUCUCGGCGUCGUGCCGAUCGAGAGGCCCACCACACCUUCACCAUCCGCCAAGCCCAUGACGGCCGACGAUGAAGGCGAGAGCGGAAAUACCCUGGCAGUGGGGUGUAUGGGCAUGGUGGCGGAGGGGGGAUGGAGCAGCCGGUGCCAUAUGCGGGGCCGCCAAUGGGACUGGAGCACACCAGCAUUCAUCGAGCCUUUCGCACAACAUCUGAGGGUAAGCAGGGCUUGGGAGGGAGGGAGGGAGGGUGGCCAUUCGUCCAUCAGCCAGUCAAUGGCCCUCCUCCCCCCGUCUCCCUCUCUCUUUCUCUCUUUCUCUGUGUGUGUGUGUCGGUCAGAUGUGA